AGGAGGAUUGUGGACAUGGAUGCACUAGCACUGGAGGCCACAGGGGGUAAAAAGCCGGCUAACGGGACAGCGGUGGCGCCUGCAGCUGUCCCUUUGCUGGCUCCAGCCCCGGUCAAACGUAAACCUGCAAAAAAAGCUAAAAAAGCUGUUGUUUUCUUUGAGGUGGAGAUUCUGGAUGCCAAAACCAAGGACAAGCUCUGCUUCCUGGACAAGGUCGAGCCAAAUGCCACAAUCGGGGAGAUAAAGUCUAUGUUCCACAAGAGCCAUCCUCAAUGGUAUCCAACUCGACAGUCCAUCCGCCUCGACCCCAAGGGGAAGUCUCUGAAGGAUGAGGAUGUUCUGCAGCAUCUUCCUGUGGGAACCACGGCUACCUUCUACUUCAGAGACCUGGGAGCUCAGAUCAGCUGGGUCACGGUCUUUCUGACAGAGUACACCGGUCCUCUGGUCAUCUAUCUGAUGUUCUACUUCAGAGUUCCCUUCAUCUACGCACCGAAAUACGACUUCACCACCAGUAAACACUGGGUCGUACACCUCGCUUGCAUGUGUCACUCGUUCCACUAUUGCAAGAGGCUGCUGGAGACGCUGUUCGUCCAUCGCUUCUCUCACGGGACGAUGCCGCUACGCAACAUCUUUAAGAACUGUACUUACUACUGGGGCUUUGCAGCAUGGAUGGCAUAUUACAUCAACCACCCGCUGUACACACCGCCCACCUACGGGGAGCAACAGAUCCGACUCGCCCUCAUCAUGUUCUUGUUCUGUCAGAUCGGGAACUUUUCCAUCCACAUUGCUCUCCGCAACCUCCGUCCACCAGGCUCAAAGACGAGGAAGAUUCCCUAUCCAACAAAGAACCCCUUCACCUGGAUCUUCCUGCUGGUGUCCUGCCCCAACUACACCUAUGAGCUGGGCUCCUGGUUUGGCUUCACCCUGAUGACUCAGUGCCUGCCGGUGGCUUUCUUCACCGUGGUGGGUUUCAUCCAGAUGACGGUGUGGGCCAAGGGGAAGCACCGCAGCUACCUGAAGGAAUUCCGCGACUACCCUCCUCUCCGCUCGCCCAUCCUGCCCUUCGUCCUGUAGUAGAAGUCGCCCGCUCCCUCACCCGUUCAGCACUCCCUCUUUUUAGGAGUCAAAUAUACCCCCCUGCUUCAAACCCCUGCCCUGUUUGAAACGGUUUCCUUCCCUUUUCUGUCUCUUAAAUCUACACUGGAACUGAUAGACUGACUGAAGGAGCCUGAACCUGUCCCCUCCUCCUCCCUCAGAUCGUCUCUCCCCGUCCCGUCUGUGAUCCCGUCAUGUCAAGUAAAAAUGUUAAAAAACUAAACUUGUUUUUUCACCGCCUACAAACAAACCCAUGAGAUUAAUUUGUUCAUUGCAGAGCACUCUCAGCCUCCAGACUCUCUGGUAUAUGCUUAACGAUGUGCUGUACAGAAAAACCAUGAGAUGUUUAAACUCUCUCUGGUGUCAUGAAUACUGUUAUUGUGCUGAAUCUGCAUCUGGUUAUAUUAAGCAAAACUUACACUGUUCAUUUUUGAUAUCAAUUGAUCUAAAUUUGAAACCAUGACAGUGUUUUAAUUUUGUUGACAUCUGACGAAGUAAUUUAUUAAAAAAAUAGAAAUUAACGUGUUGUUGCCUUGCUCUAACUAGUCACAGGUGUCAUUCUUGAGUUGUGUUUGAAGAUGUCUGCAAUGCUGUAUUUAUCAAAUAUAUGAAUACUGUAAACUAUCAAGACUCUAAAAAUCUAAUUUUUGGAACCAGGGCAACAAAGGAAAUCUUCGUUUCAAAUUCAGAACUGUGAAUUUAUCAAAAUAAUCAAGUUGUUUUGUCGAUUAAUUUAAAGCAAGUCACUCUAAAUUAUCAAAGGAGUCCCUGUUUCCUACGCGAUGUCAUCCAGAGGAUAAAAAGGUCUGAAGGUU